CUGACAUGCCACCCGGUUUAGGUUGGUUUUUGUCGAUCAUUUUGCUCAUUUGCGGAGCACUUUAUCUUCCGAAACUGCACUCAAAAGCCAUGGGCAGUUGUAUGACCGUUCAAAGAGAUGGCGUUCCUCGUAGCUUACUCUUCCCGGAGGACGAUAGCAAAUACGAUGCUCUAGUUCAGUGGUCCACCCUUCCGGACACGAAUUUGGACUUGGGAUACAUUUGUCCUCACAAAGGCGGGGAUACAGAAACGCGCGAGAUACAAGAAACUACUAUUGAUCAAAAAUUACAGACUCCUGUCGCUACUGAAGGGAGUACUGCGGAUACGAUGAGUUCGCCGAUCAAAUCAUCCAUUUCUAUCACGUGCGCAAAACCGACCGAUUUCGGGAUACGUUCAACCGAACGUUCCUGCUUGUAUUCUGUCGUUGUUGGCCUCUUAUUUAUACUGGCAGUGGGCUACUUCUUCCCGCAAUCAACGAGCGCCAUUGGCAACAAAAGAGCGAGCUUAUUUACGUCCAAGCCUCCUCUAGCUCCAACUCCCAUAGCUGAGCACCAUAACAAGGUCAAGCAGCAAAAGGGUUUAAACCGUAUGAUCCUGUCAAUCAAUAAGGGUUUGCAGAAAGGGAGACAUAUCUUGCAACGGUUUAGGCUGGAUUUGCCUGUGGAUGAAAUCGACGUCAAGCCCUUGGUCAACCAAAAUGCAAAUCCCAUCUGCCGCGUUCCCUUUGGCUAUUUACUAGAGAGAGAAUGCCGGACCACUUCUAUCGCAAACACUGAAGCCUUUGUUCACAGCUUAGCGUGA